GAUUUUUUUAGGAACAGAGAAAGUAAUUUAUAAUCUCAUGAGUGCUACCGAGUACAUUGAAAAAUAAUAGAAAAUUAGGCCUAAAGAGCACUUCCCGGAGUUGACUCUCAUUCAUCAACCACGAGAUAGGAACACCAAGACGGAUCUCUUAGUUCGAGAGUGUUCAUACCAAAAUCAAGUUUAUUAAUAUCAUAGCUUCUAUUCCUAUAUGGUUCAUGCCUUUAAUUUAUUUUUAAAUCAUUUAAUAAAGUGAAUUUCUGAUAGAAAAAAAAAGUUUAGGCCUAGGCGGAUUUGUAGGACACAUGAAGUACAUAGUAAGACAUUAGUUAUGUAAUACUACAACUUACACUAGUUCUCUUUUUUUAAUAAUACUCCCCUAAAUAUUUUACCCGCACUAAGCAUAUACCAUAUUGGCCCCCUAAAUACCUAAAGUUAGACGAACAUAUCAUAUAUAAAAGACAGAGCAAAGUCCACUAAAAGGAAUAUAUCAUUUCAUCAUCUCUCAUCUAUCUAUCUAUCAUGUCUUCCUCUCGAACACAAUCCUCUUCUUCUCCCUCUUCUUCAGUUUGGCAACAUCAAUACAUGAAGCUCCACUUCUUCAGCAGGAUCCGUUCCCUUUUCAAAUCCAAAGCAUCAUCCCGCAAACGCGACUUGCAAAGCUCAACUCAGAUAUCAAGAACCCAACAAUAUUCCGAGAAGGUGGUGGCGCCUCCAGAGAUAUUAUCGAAACCACCUGAAGAUGAGAAUGAGGAGGUUGUCUUGCAGAGAACUGUGAAGAAGCUUCACUUUGGAACCUUUGAAGAGAAGGAGAAAGCUGCCAUCGAGAUCGAGAAACUUUCCCGAGAAGACAAGAAUAUUCGGAAGCUCAUGGCGGAGCUCGGUGUUCUUCAGGUUCUUGUCUCUAUGGUCGCUUCCGAUAUCUCCGGCCACCAGAGAUCUGCCGUUAUGGCUCUUAUUCAGCUUUCUCAUGGAACCUACACGAACAAGGCACUGAUGGUGAACGCCGGAAUAUGCUCAAAGCUACCUAAAAAUGUCGAAGUUCUCGACCAAUCAACAAGAUACGGGUUCGCUGAGCUUCUGCUUUCAUUGUCUUCUCUAACAAGCCUGCAACUACCGGUAGCUUCAUCACAAAUUCUACCGUUCUUGAUGGAAACGAUGAACUCAGAUUCGACAGAGAUGAAGUGCAAAGAGAUAUGUCUAGCGACCAUAAACAAUCUUAGCCUCGUGUUGGAAAACGCAGGACCGUUGGUCACAAACGGGGCAAUAAAGAUACUCCUAAGUCUAAUAUUGGUUAAGGACUUAUCCGAGAAGGCCUUAGCGAGUCUAGGGCAAUUGGUUGUGACUCAAAUGGGCAAAAAGGCAAUGGAGAAAUGUUCGGCUGUGCCCAAAAGUUUGAUAGAGAUUCUAACAUGGGAAGAUAAACCGAAAUGCCAAGAGUACACGGCAUAUAUCUUGAUGGUAUUAGCUCAUCAGAGUUGGAGCCAACGUGAGAAAAUGGCUAAGGCAGGGAUUGUACCGGUCCUUCUUGAAGUUACCCUACUUGGAAGCCCACUGGUUCAGAAGAGGGCGGUGAAACUUUUGCAAUGGUUCAAGGAUGAAAGAAAUGUACGGAUGGGUCCUCAUUCGGGUCCACAAACCAGCCGUGUGAGUACCGGUAUUGGAUCUCCAAUGAGCCCGAGGUCAGGGGAAGAGGGUAAAAAUGUGAUGAAGAAUCUGGUGAAACAGAGUUUAUACAAGAACAUGGAGAUGAUAACUAGACGAGGCAAUGUAGAUUUGGAAAGGGAGGCUUGUAGGCUUAAGUCUUUGAUCAUCAGCACAAGCUCUAAAAGCUUGACUUAUUGAUCAUACUUUAUUUCGUGCUCUUACUUUGCCAUAUGAAGUGAUUACUGAUUAGAGUCUAGAGAGUGUCUUGCUCUGAAAAAGGAAAUAUUUAUGCAUGGGAACGUAAAAAAGAAAAGAAAAAAAGAUAGGUGCAGUGGAAAUAUGGCGAAUCGCUUUGAGUGUUUCUCACAUACUUGCUUGCUUUGGAUAUAUUGAAAUUAAACUUAAUUUUAGAUCAACCUUAAUCAUCAAUCAUGAUCCAAGUAUCGCUUAGUACACAAAAUGAAACAAAUCCAACUUCUAAUUUUUUUUCUGUAGAACUCUAAAGCUUGAAACUGUUCGAACGAGUUUUAUUGAUUUAAUUGUUCGAAGGAGUUUUAUUGAUUUAAUUAUCUGAAAAAAUUAAUGGAUCUCACAACCACAAGACGGAGCAGAAAUCACAUACGUAACUUAUUUAACAAGGGCAUAAGGAUAUCAAGAUAUUGAUGUAUCAAUCUACUCGAUAUAAAAGGAGCUAAAUUGGCCGACUCUUGCUAUGUCACGUAAGAGUAAAUCUUCCAUCAAUCAUAGACAAGCAUUUUAUGUUUAGCCACGUUUUGAAAAGCCACAUGAACAUGAUUAAAGAGAAAUGUGUAUAUUAGUAGCGAGGUCGGGUGGAAACGUGUUAGCGACUUUUCAAAUACUUAAAAAGUAUUAUUAUAUAUAAACAUAAAAAUCACAUAUGCAAAAGUAUUACAUGAAGAACACAAAUCCACUUUAUAAUUUUUACACAACUCAACUAGAAAUAACAAACGAUCUGCAAAAACAAAAGUAUAAUGAUCAUCAUGGUUCCAAGAAUCCAAAUAAUAAACAA